AGAUCACCCUUUUGUGCGCAGUCAGGAUGAAUAGGAAACUGGCUUCCCAGAGUUGCUUCUUUGCCUGAGGUAAAAUAGAUUCGCUGCUUCACAUCUUGCUCGAGGUGCUUAACGUGUGUGGUAAUAAAGCAUUUGUUUUUUCUGUGAGUUACACGUAUCUAUGGAAAAUUUGAAUCCUUGUCAUUUGAGCAUCUUCUACUGCAUGUAGUUCUACUGGUUACUUCUAAAAAGGAGUCCUGUAAAAGCAAAAAAAUGAUGGUGAUCACACCGUUCUAGACCGUUCAUCUUUCUGCAAGCACGCUGUUGAUCGGGGGGCCGUCGUACCAAACAUGGGUCGCACCGUUCACGAAGGUGGUUGGUUGUGCCGUGGAGUCGGAACCGCAGUAGCAUUUGCCACUUGCUGCUUACUUCCCAAUUUAUUCAGCACAUGCCCAGCCGCGCUGCAAUCUUCAGCACUGAAAACCGAUAGCAGUGAUCGCGGCCGAGAAGCAGGAGGAGUAGUGUUGAACGUGCAUGGUCCAGUUGACCCAAACAAAGAUGGCGGUCGACGAUUCUACGCCAAGAUUUCGGCUGUGCGCUUUUCUAAGGUGGAACAGAUCAAGAAGGAGUUUGCCCGUCAACAUCUGGGAGACUCAUCGGCCGGCGGGAUUUUAUCGUCCUUAAAGGAAAUGACUGGUCUAGCAGACGAGGGCGAGAAGGACUCUAUAACUGCUGAAAAGGACUCUAUGCGACGAGGCUAUCGAGAUAUGCAAGCUUUUUUUCUAGUGUGGAAUGGUAAGAAGAUUGUCGACGGAACAGCAGGUAUGUGGAAUUAUAAUUUUGAUUUUGCAACCGCAACCCCGAUGUUGAAUAGAUAGGAGAACAAAAGUACCCUCACAGUUAACAAGCUUGGAGUUGGCAUUGUCACUUGGCAGCAUUUUCAAUCCUUGUCUUGAUCAUCUUGUAGGUAGCAGCGAUGAGAUUCGUCUCAAGGAUGUUCCGGAUGGCGGCGAGGUGCAACUGCAGCGUCAUCGUGGAUCAGCACAGGAGAUGUUUUCAUGGAAGCAUAGCUUGGAAAGUAUUGACUCCCUAUACGGAGACGACGGAGAUGAAGCGAUAAAGAAAGCUCCUCGUGGUCGGGGCGGAAGAUCUUCUUCUAGUAUUGGAGGAGAGGGAUUCACCCAUGCAUGGCAACGUGAGUUGUAUCUGGCAACGGGGAUCAUACUCACUUGGGACGAACUGUUCGGGUCACUACAAGGUCAAGGAGAAAGUUUGUUUGGAUCUCUUUCCGAAUCGACGCCCUUGCCACCUGUACUAGUACUAACUAUAUGUGCUGUAGUUGGAAUUAUGCUGGUUCUUUUCUUGCUCUACCUCGUUCUUACGAGGUGCUGCUGGAGUUCCCGUCGAAAAUCGUCCUCAAUGGCCAUGAGAAUGAAGUCAGAUCGUUCGCGUUCACGUCAAGGCCUUCUUUUAGACGACACCGACGAAGCCCAUUCUCCAUUAAGUAGAGCUGGGAGUAAAAACCGAAUGGCUGCUUCCCCCUCCGCCUCUCCCAGUGCAAGAAGAGUCGCCAACUCUUCCAGCAGUACUGGCACAGGAGGGAUUUUACUUGGGACGAGUUCAUCUUCGAGUUCAUCAAGUCAUAAUCAGAAGUUUGGGAUUCUUGGGAAUGGGAUUGGAGGUCGUUCCCGAGCAUCUUCUCAGUCACCGACUAGAAGUAGCAGAAAAAACUCUCCAAGUGCGGCAAGCAGUGUUUCAGGACUAGUGAAUCGCGUGCGCACAGCAAUGAAGGCUAGUCCAACGGGGAAGCGGCUGACUGAGAGAGCGAGAUUGCGGAUUUCAAAUUUUCCGGUGAAAGCAUGGAACGGACUCUAUAUGUUAUCGAAGAAAAAGCCAAGUCCUUCGUCCAGGACCAAAAGUACUAGUGCGAAGCGGCCGUCUGCAGACUCUCACUCGAGUGUGGGCAACGGACAAGCGGUUCAUUGGACACGGAAAAUUAUGAACGAAUGUUGAUAGGAUUUUCAUUUUGGUCAUUGAUCCACAGUAGACUUCUAGGAAACAAGAAGCGAUUUCGUCAGGACCCAUACAUAGUACUCAUUGUUUCACGAUUUAUCUCUAGUCUAAGUUUUAGCCGCGCUGUAACGCCACGUACGUGCUAGAAUUCGAUCCUGGAACUCGGCAGUGGGGCUUGUUUGUAGUGGUCCCAGAGAAUGCCGAUCCGGAGAGCGGCGCUAGAGAGCAAUUGGCUGAGUCCAUGGAAAGCAGCGAAGAUCCACAGGACUUAACGGUCUGGAGACACUCCAGUUCUGACGAAAAUGCCGAUGAUUUAUCAGAUGAAUGUGCAAAUGUCAAAAUUGAAUGAGAAGAUGUUGCUCCGCACGUGAGGACAAUCUGAUAGAUAUAUAGUGUCCUCGUUUCAAGAUUUGGAAUGUAAAUUUUGGGUUCCAGCCCAUAAGCAGCUGCUCCUCUUGUGCGCUCUGCAUCCGGGUUGAUAUGCACAAUCGGUCGUUUACACCAUACGAGUAAAUCUUGAUGUUCUUCUUCAACCCCGACGGCGAAGCAAGACUUACUCUCGAAUGAUAUCCACUUAUUCAUCAUCAGCCUUGG